AUCAGUUCAGUUCGUAUUUCUUUUCGUAGUCUUGUGGGCAGUCGGGGUCUGCGCUGCGCAACUUAUUUGUUUUUAUAUUUCUCUGCUCGUCAAUAAAAGAAAAAGUUGUUCUGCAAACAAAAAAAGAAAACAAAAUACUUGUCUUUUCAAUUCUAAAACACAAACCCCGAAUGAAUACAUCGCGGAUUCGCCUCCCUUGAACGCAAGAAACAAUUUAUUUUUAUCACGUUAUAUAGACUUUGGCUGAGCAAGUCCAAGUAGUGUGUUUGUUUUUAGUUUAGUGUAAUCUUUGCACAAGUACCUCUAAUAGUUGCAAAUAGUGUCAAACAAGAAUAACAUAACAUUUUGUUUUUAUUGCUGUUGUAAUUACAAGAAGAAAAAAGCUUCAAUAUGUCAUUAUUUCGUGUAACAACUUCUCGUCUGCUGUCCUCAAUAUCUUCAUCGUCGUUUCAUGCUAAUAUUUCCAAUGUAAAACUAAACUCCUCAACUCCAAACAGAGGAGGAUUUCUUGGAGUUAUUCGGAAUCCAAAUCAACGUUUUAUGAGUGCAGUUGCUUUAGUGGGAGCAAGCCAGCAGUUGAAUAACUCAUUUAAUCAGCAGAAUAAUUUACCAAAUAAAGUUAAGCAGUACUCCGGAUUGCAAUCAUAUAUGAUUCAAUCCUCAACAAUGGCCCGGCUAAUCCAUAAUUCAACCAUGACAGCUCCCAAAAACCGAAGGUCUAUCAUAACCCGAGAUAUCACUAAAAACAUGACUUUCUUUACUGAAUGUACUGAUAAAAUUGAAUGGGACUCAAAAACUUUAACCUUCAAAAAACCUACUGGAAAUCCUUUGGUAUUAAUCAUGUCAUGGUUGUUGGCAAAACAGAAGCACUUGAGAAAAUAUGCAGAAAUCUAUACAGAAUUGGGAUUUGAUGUUUUGGUGGUUCAUAUUACUCCUUGGCAAUUACUAUGGCCAACCAAAGGCACACAGCUUGUGGCUGCUGAUACAUUAAAAUUCUUAGAAAAUAACUCAACAUACGCACCGAUUGUAGUGCAUGGAUUUUCUGUUGGUGCUUAUCAAUUUGGAGAAAUGAUGUUGAUGAUGUCCAGAGAUAUGAAGAGAUAUCAGCCGAUUUUAGACAGAAUGAUUUCCCAAGUUUGGGAUAGCGCUGCCGAUAUUACCGAAAUACCAGUUGGUCUACCGAAGUCAAUUUUUCCCAAAAAUCCGCGAAUGGAAAGUGCAUUGCGUAAUUACGUUAUGUACCACUUAAAAACAUUCCACAACCAAGCUACAGUCCAUUACAUGCGAUCGAGUCAAAUGUUUCACUCAACAUUACUAAAAGCUCCAGCUCUAUUCCUUGUAUCGAAAAAUGAUGUGAUUGGGCCAGAAUCUUCAAACCGUGCUGUUACCGAUAACUGGGAAAGAGCCAAUAUUAAAGUUGAAUUUAAAUGUUGGGAAAACUCAUUACAUGCUGCACAUUACAUUAGACAUAGAGAUGAAUAUUUAUCACUGUUGUUCAAACACUUGGAAUAUACUGGAGUUUUCGAGAACUCUUCAGUGAAAUCACGGGCAAAGCUAUAAACUAAACUAAAGCAGAAAAAUACUGCUAUAUAAAUAUAUAUAUUUAAAAUUAGAACAAAAAUAUUUUUUAAAAAAUCUGUGAUUCAUUACGAUGAACUAAUUUUUGAAAUUACAAUAUAAUAUUAUUUUAACUUGAUUCUAUUAAUGUUAUAUAGUCUUACCUAUAAUACAAUUAAUAAAUACAUUUUUAUUUUCGUUUUUUUUUUUUUU